AUGUUAAAUGCUAACUUACCUAAAAUCUAUUGGGCUGAAGCAAUUCAUACAGCUGCCUACAUUGUAAACCGCUCUCCAACAAAAUCUUUGUUUUAUAAAACCCCAGAAGAGAUGUGGACUGGUCAGAAACCUAAGGUUAGCCACAUGCGCACAUUUGGUUGUGAGGCAAUGGUCCACUUACCAAGAGAAAAAAGAAAGAAGUUUGAUUCAAAAUCACAAAAAUUAAUUUUUAUUGGGUACUGUGAAAAUUCAAAAGGAUAUCGAUUCAUAUUACCUAACUCAAGAACAGCAAUAAAAAGUAGAGAUGCAAUAUUUGUAGAGUCAACAGUUAAAAGAGAUUUUGUACCGAUUGAAUUAAUUACAAAUGAAAGCUGUAUUAAAAGUAACAAUUUAGAAGAAAUUUCAAGUGAUGACUCAUUAGACACUGUGAGUGAAGAUAAAUCACAGUCAGACGGCGAGUACAUCCCCGAUGAAAGUGUAGAAUCUUCACCUGACAGAAAUAUAACAGUAAGAACAAGAAGACAAUGUUUAAAUGCACAGAAACAAGAAGAGAGUUCUUACCUGUGCUGUGAAGAACAAUUAUCAGAAAAUGAAGUUCCUGAUAACUAUGAAAAGGCAUUAAAGUCUAUUGAUGCCACAAAAUGGAUAAAAUCAAUAAAUGAAGAGCUUGAUUCUCAUCAUAAAAAUAAUACUUGGACAUUAUUUAAAAAAAUUCCCAAUAUGCGAAUAAUUGGAUGUAAAUGGGUUUUUCGCAUCAAAGAAGAACCUUCAGGUCCACGUUAUAAGUCCCGGCUUUGUGCGAAAGGAUACUCACAAACCAAAGGUAUUGAUUACCAAGAUACAUUUGCUCCAACUGUCAGGUACGAUUCCAUACGUAUAUUAUUUUCAGAAGCUGCUCAACACAAUCUUGAGAUAAUUCAGCUAGAUAUUAAAACAGCUUUUCUAUAUGGUGAGCUUGAAGAAGACAUAUACAUGACUAUACCCGAGGGCUUAACCUGCGAUGCUAAUAAGGUGUGUAAACUCAAUAAAUCUUUAUAUGGUUUAAAACAGGCUCCCAGAUGCUGGAAUUCAAAAUUUGAUGCUGUUUUAAAGAAGUUUGGGCUAGCCAAUAGUAAAGCUGAUCAGUGUGUGUAUGUUGGCACUAUUAAUGGAGCAAAAUGUUACCUGUGUUUGUAUGUUGAUGAUGGACUGUUAUUUGCGAAAAAUACAUCAACUUUAAAGGAGUUGAUUAAUGACUUACAGUCAAUAUUUGAAGUGAAAAUCUGUUCACUCAAAAAUUUUGUUGGUAUGGAGAUACAGAAGUGUGACAAAUACAUUUUUAUACAUCAGUCAAACUAUAUUGAGAAGUUAUUAAAUAAAUUUAAUUUGUAUAAUUGUAAACCAAACUGUAUUCCAGUUGAGCCACAUAUGAAGUUGGUGAAAGGAGAAGGAGAAACAGAAAAGAACAUCACAUAUCGGGAAGCAGUUGGAUCAUUGAUGCACCUAGCUACAGUAAGCCGACCUGAUAUUUCAUUCGCAGUAAGGCUGGUGAGUCGAUUUUUAAACUCUUACAAUGAAACACACUGGAAUGCUGUGAAAAAAAUUUUAAAGUAUCUAAAAGAGACUAAAGGUUAUGGCCUGUGCUACACACCAAUGUCAGAGCCUAAUGUAAUAGUUGGCUACAGUGAUGCAGAUUUCGCUAACGACCCUAGCACAAGACGUUCAGUCACGGGAUAUGUCUUUAUUAAAAAUGGAGCAGCAGUGACUUGGGCUUGUCAGAAACAACAGACAGUGGCCCUGUCAACCACUGAAGCAGAAUUCAUGGCAGCCUGUGCCGCUACUAAAGAGGCUAUGUGGGUCAAACAACUGUUAUGUGACAUCGGUGAAUUUAAUAAAAAAUCAGUGUGCUUAAAUCUAGAUAAUCAAAGUGCUAUAAAUGUAAUUAAAAACAUAAACUUUCACAAACGGUGUAAACAUAUAGACAUUAAGUUUCAUUUUAUAAAAGAAAAAUAUUAUGAUAAAAUUAUUGAGUUAAACUAUGUAUGCAGUGAUGAGCAAUAUGCUGAUAUUUUUACCAAACCUUUGUGUAAAAUAAAAUUUUGUUAUCUUAGAGAUAAAAUUGGAAUUAAAUCUUGCCAUGUAGUCAAGAAUACUUAA